UUGGCCGCGCUUUUCUGUUUUCCUCUUCUUUUUUUUGGCGAACCGAGAGAAAAAUGGGAUUCGAGCUGGAUCGCUUCAGCGGGGACGUGGACCCCGACUUCAAGUGCAAUCUGUGCAACAAAGUCCUGGAGGACCCGCUCACCACCCCCUGCGGCCAUGUGUUCUGCGCGGGCUGCGUGCUGCCCUGGGUGGUGCAGCAGGGCAGCUGCCCCGUGAAGUGCCAGCGCAUCUCCACCAAGGAGCUCAACCACGUCCUGCCGCUCAAGAGCCUCAUCCUCAAGCUGGACAUCAAGUGCGACAACCACGCGCGGGGCUGCGACGCCGUGGUGCCGCUGCAGCAGCUGGGCGAGCACGCCGAGACGUGCGACUUCUCUCCGGCCAAGUGCCGCAACCGCGGCUGCCGCCAGGUGCUCAACCUGCGCGACGUGGCGACGCCAAUAGCUCUAGGCCACCCAACGGGGGCUCCCCGGGCUGAGAAUGGUGCUGAGCCACCACGAGAGCGACCCGCAGGACGGUGCUGUGCCCGGCGCUCCUUCAGCCGCCUUUUGGCUGCCUCUAGGAUGAGCCGCUCCGCAACUUGGGCACCUCGCCGGGCGGGUGAAGAAACUAAAGCACUGACUCUUGUCCUUCAUCGUGACUCUGGCUCUCUUGGAUUUAAUAUUAUUGGUGGCCGACCAUGCAUGGACAAUCAAGAUGGUUUGUCUAGUGAAGGAAUUUUUGUAUCGAAAAUAGUUGACACUGGGCCUGCUGCUAAGGAAGGAGGGCUACAAAUUCAUGACAGGAUUAUUGAGGUCAAUGGAAAGGAUUUAUCUAAAGCAACACAUGAGCAGGCAGUGGAAGCCUUCAAAACAGCCAAGGAGCCCAUCGUGGUGCAGGUGCUGAGGAGAACUCCACGCACAAAGAUCUUCAGUCCUUCUCCUGAGUCACAGCUGGUAGACGUGGGCACACAGACAGACAUCACUUUUGAGCACAUCAUGGCUCUGAGCAAGAUGAGCUC